AUGCAGGCAAAUAGUUCGGAAGGGCCACCCGAAGGCCCAUCCAAAGAAGUUGUAGAGAACACGCGGGAGUGUCUGUUAGUCCCGGAGGAUAUUAUAGCUGGGAUAGAUGUUUAUGUAGAGGGUAUAACUGAAGCUGCAGUGGGGGAUCCACCUGGUCCCUCGGACACCAAGAUACCAGACCGGGGCGGAGCUAGUUUGGAGUCGGUUCCAAAGGCUCGCCCGGGACUUGAGUGUGCCAGCGAGGUUGAGGAGGUAGUGGAAUGCACGUUGGCUUCGCGUUCUACUCUCAAGGUCUCAGUUAUAGGGGGGCAGCCAGUAAGCGCAGUGGUCGAUACCGCAGCCGAGGUGUCCAUCCCCCAGCCCCCUACACUGAGGGAAGUGGUCCUGCAUGCAGCAGAACGGGAUAUGAAGAUGCGGGGGACAAUCGUAGGUCCCCUUUCCAUAGAGCUUGGGGACCAGAUGUUCUCAGAGGAAGUCUAUGUAGCUCCUAUACGUGAUCACAUGCUCCAGGGGCUAGGCUUCCUCAGAGAACGCAAGGCUGCCAACCACCUUAAAGAUCCUCACAUGCAGCUGGGAGGCCAGAGAAUCCCACUGUGGUACAGUGAUGAUCCUGGGCAGCAAAUCGCCCAGGUUCAUGUGCUUAAACGAGUAAUUGUCCCUCCCAAUGCAGUCAAGCGGAUCACCGGGGUCUUAGAUCAACGGUUAGGGGGUUUCAUGUUCAAUCCACAGGGAGGUUUACAGGUCCUGGUCCCUAGCUCGGUUCACAGGGCUGGGGAUACAUUGGAGUGUUAUGUUAUAAACUCCACUGAUAGGCACCUUAGGAUGACUUGUUCUGAGGUGCUGGGGGAAGCAGAAGAAAUAAAGGAGGGGGAGAUGGGACCUCCCACUGUGGAUAAAGGGGUCCUUCAGCUAAGCGUAGAUGAGGGAGGCGAGUUGCCUCCUCACUUGGAAAUCUUGAUCCUACGGGGGAUCACUUGGCAGAUUGUCCUGGCGUUCCUGGAUGACGUAAUUGUCCUAGGAAGGAUUUUUGAUGAUCACUUGGACAACCUGGAAGAAGUUCUAGGUAGGUUUGCUAAGUUCGGGCUCAAAUUAAAGCCCAAGAAAAGUGUCACUGGGAUUGCGGUUCCCUUGUACCGGAUCACGGGCAAGCAGCCGUACUAUUCGGGAGCGAAACAGAGGUCCUCUGCGAAGAAUAGAAGGCUUUCCAAAGCUGGGCCACAUUUGGCGAGAUGGUGGAGGAUGUCAUGCCUCUUGCGGGGCAGGCCGCAAAGGUGGGAAUUCCCACUGGGCCAGGCCUGGAAGAUUGCCCAGUAUUUGUGCUAGUCCAGAAGGGUUCAGCGCAUAGGUGGAGCCAGUCCUGUACAAGGCGGUCAGGGUGAGGCCAGUGGGCGUUACCGAUGGGCCGCUGCCCAUCGACCGGGUAUGGGUGGAAUGGGAGAAGGGUCCUACCUUUGGGUCAAUCAGACUACGUGUCGAGUAUUUCUGGGUGCAAGUGUGGGAAAGAUUUAUAAUUCCCUCUAAUGUACGUAAAGGGAUUACACGAGCAUGGUCAAGAGGGAAGGUUUCUCGCUGGUAACUUUAGUGCCGGCAAGGGUAGUCUCUUCAGUAGCUUCACCUAUGGGGAGAUCAGCUGAGUCGCCUCUUCUUUGUACCUUUCGUGUCCUUUUGUCUAUGUUUUCUGUUGUUGUUUUUGUCUAUUUAGGCCAUGUAGGGAAUGCUUCAUGGUCCACUUUGGAGGGGAGUGUUUUAAAUGGCCCUUUCCAUAUCAUGGCAGCACUGACGCCCUCUUCCUGCACCUGGGGGACCUAGGAUGGGCACUGGUGGGCCAGUUUCCCAUCCGAACGGGAAUGCUACGUUUUGCACAGCCCUGGUAUGAGGGUGCUUCACCAAGGGAGGGACAGCGGCAGCUCACUGCUAUGGGAAAGCGGAGCUUUCUGGGGAGGGGGGACCCUCCUGGGAUAUGGGUGUUGGUACGGGUUUUGUAUUUUUAUAUAUAUAUAUAUACGUGUAUAUAUGCAGCUGUUUUUAUACGUUUUGUACGGAUUUUUUGAAAGAACCUCAGGGAGGUGUGAAUAUUAAGUUAAAAGUUAUUACGGGUUUUAAUGUUUUCAGGUUACUGUUU